UUGCCUUACUUGUUUGUCAGUUUCGAUGAUUGCCUGUGGGAUGAAAACACGCAGAUAGGGCUGAUAGUCACAAGGGCCGGACUCCCCGCUCUCUAGAUUGUCCCGAAGGGCAGUUUGGGCCACAGUGACUGCUAGCUACUCAGUCACCCGGUGUUUGAAUGGUCAUCCCACAGGAGAGGCACCACGCACCCGCGAGUUCAACUACUCCUUUGAACAGUGUAAGCAAAUCACCCAGUGAUGCUGUUGUGCUUAUGAUCUGUUCUACGACAUUUGGAUAUUCAUAUGUGAAAUAUUCUCCACAUGGCUACACCAAACAGUACGAUUCGUCUCCUGCUCGGUCUAAUUCUCUUGGCGUUAACUCAAGAGUCGGCGUGUAUACUAUGUCGCACAAAGACCAGAGGGGUCGGGCUCGCCCACCGUGACCACAUUCAGUGUGCUAACAGCUGCUGUGGUCCCGAUGAUGACCAGUACUGCUGUGUUGUCAGUAACGCUGUGAUUCUGGGGUGUGCAGUUGGCGGCGGCACCAUGGUGGUCAUCACUAUCGGCGCCAUCUGUUACUUUUUGAGUCGAGGACGACGUUGUUGCGACUGGGGUAGUCACGUCCAGCGGUCAUCGUCCAUCAGCGAGCCCCACCCCUUCAGCCGGGUGUCGUCCGUGGGCAGUGAGCUGCAGCAGAUUGACCGCAUCAUCCUGGAGUGUUCUGUCCGCCGUCCGUCACAGCUCAGUCUAGCCUCUCUGCCCUCCAGGGUAUAUCACAUCCAUGAUCAACAGAUCUCUAAAACGUCCGCCACGGAUGCCGUUGCACCAGCAUCGGUUCCAGAUGUUCAUAGCGGAAACCCGAUGCAUCGAUAGAACUAGCAAUCAUCGCAAUGUGUCCUGAUAUGUCACGGAUUUGACAAAUGAAGCACCAUCGUUUUGCAGAGAACCACGAUUUAUCGCUGUUUAGUUGAUAUUUGGGACAUGGGUGAUUUUCACUUUCAACAUAGUAUCCUCCUUGUCUGGAGAUGAUGGCUCAAUUGACCGAAAAAUCAGUCAUCUCCCGUUCGACCACGGGUGACCCCGUCGUCUAAGGCGCCGCAUUUCGCUCUACAUCUGUUGUAGUUUGUUUAUCACAAAUAUUUUCAAAUAAUAUCGUCAUUGGAUGAGAAAGGUCCGUUAAGAACGACGCCAGUACGUCAGUCAGAAUGACAGCGCGUCGUAAAACAUGAACUUCAAGUAGGAGAAGAACUUAACGCUCCAAUAUGCAUAUGCUUUGCUCUAAAGGGAUCAGAAGAAGGCCUCUUAGAAUUGAUGACUAUACAAAGAAAAGAUGUUAUUGCGUCGGGUUUAAAAUCAAUUGUAAUAAAUGUAUGGCUACUUGAAUUGCUUCCAGGAAGAAAUCAAAUGAACAGUCAUGUCCCAGUAUUCCAUUGCACUGGUCAAGAGAACCAUUUAAACUUCAAUAAAAUUUAAUGUUCUCCACGAAUCUACAUGAUAUCAUUUCUAUAAAUUUCGAAAAAUAGGUGAGCAAAGCGAGGAAAAUAUUUCUUUUCUUUGCAAAAGAGACAACAACUAACGAGUUAAAAUAACAAUCGUAAAAUCUCAAAUUAUGCCCCAUUUUACCCAUAUUUUUUCAGCCCCGAUAUAUUUGGGAUGGAAAAACGUGACAAGUUUAAACGGAGUAAUUAUCAUAGGAGGGGUGGAUUACAAAUGAUUGGUAAUAAACCCUUCUGUAAAUAUGUAAAAAUAUAAUGGAUAAAAAAUUAUAUACUAAAAUGGUUUAUGGGAGUAUUAAGGGCAUUACACAAUCUGCAAACUUAGCCAUAUCAACAUCGCCAAUUUUCAAAAAGAAUACCUGAAAAAUAUAGAAAAGGAAAUAAGAAACGAUUUUUUGAAAGAUGUGGUUUCAAAUUACAAGAGUCUUCAAUUACCAGAAAUACAAAGUAUUUUGGGGAAUUCUUGUCCCUUGUUAUAUCAAAUUUUAUAUCUCUCAGAGACACUUGCUUAUGUGGUUUAGAAGUGGUGUUAGAUAUAUGAAAGAUAUUUUUACAUAUACUGGGUACUUGAAAACAUUUGCAAAUAUAAAAAUAAACUUUAAAUUGAAAGGAGCAUAUCUUCUAUGUUUUAUACUAAUAUACCAUAGCCCACAGCGUUGGAUAACAUGUGCAAAGGGUGAGUUGGUAGAAAGAAAUAAUGAAGAUAAACAUUGUCAAAUAUUCUUAGAUAUGCGUUUAUCUAACUAUUGUAAAUUCAUAUAUAAAUUAUUAAAGUACAUGUCAAGUCAAGUUGGAGUGGGAGUCGAAGCUGACUUUGACAUUACCUGAAGACUAUCUGUCAAAAUGACUUGAUAUGAUUCAUACAUCCGCCGUGCAUAAUAAGCAAGACACUUUCAGUACAAACCUAUCCAUAGAAUUAUAAUAACUAAAUCGUUUUUGCCAAAUAUUGGAAAAUGUGAAAAUAAAUUUAUCCUCGUUUUGCAAUAAAGAAUCGGAAACCAUAGAACAUCUUUUCUUCCUCUGUAAUGAGACUAGAAACCUAAUUAAAAACAUCAUUUACUGGUAUGAAGAAAGAACUACUAAGACCUUGCAUCUCGAUAAAGUAUCAUUCCUACUUCGAGACCCCAACACGAGUAUUCUCAAAAAGCACCUUUGUAUUAUUUUGAAAACAUAUAUCUCGCUAUUGUUAUGGUGCGCCAUUUGGUAUUCAUAAAAUUAAAUUUUGAUAUUUGAUAAAAAAAUAUUUAAAAAUAUUUUAACGAAUACUAGACCAAAUGGCGCACUAUAGUACCGUUAUGGAAAUAGCCCUACUGACCUCAGCCAAGUAUUAUAUCUGAUAAAGAAUUAUUACAACACAGAAAUAUAUACAUAUACCUCAGAUAGUGUUACGAUAAACGGAAAAUGGUCAUGUCUUAACUUAGAUUACAUAUUGCUUAUCCCGUCUCUUCAUACGCAGGGGCACGGGUGGCCCAGUCGUCUAAGGCGCCGCGAUUCGCUGUGCAGAGUUGCGUCCCUUGGGCACGCCAGAAACCUAUCAUUGUGGGUUCGAAUCCCGGU